AUGAGAGCGAUAGGGAAGCGCUUAUGGGCGGCCGUCCUUGGUGAGGCUGGAAAGUCAAGUGCGAGGCGUUUGUUUACAAUUAUAUCUAUCUGGAAGUACAACUCUCGAGCAAUUAAGCGCCGAAGGGUACUGGUCACUACUGAGCAACGAGCACCGUCUCGAAGAAAACGUCAUACCCACGGGCCGGACCCGCAUCCGUACGAAAUCCGAAAUCAAGUUAAGUUUGAAGCUGCCUCAACUUGGAAACCACCAUCAAGUUGGAUUUGCAAAGAAAAGAUGAACACACCAGGAUCAAUGGCUCUGGGAUGGGGUCUGUUAAUUGUCGCCGGAGGUGGUGGUCUAUACUUUGCCAAGAAAGAUAUCAAUCAACGUCGAAGGGAGCAGGCCAGGAUAGGAAUGCGCUCAAACGAUAAGCUAGAGUGGCACCAGCGAAUCGAUGAAACACCCUCAGCGUCAAAAACAGUGGGAGAAAGCUCAAAGUUGGAGGCCUCACAGACUUCUCAUGAGGUGGAGUCAGGUAGCCUUUCAAAUACGUUCUCUAAAUUUGAUCGCCCUUAUCAGCGGACCGGAAACAGCUUAACGCAUAAAGAGGCAGAGCCGAAAGGCUGA